AUGGCGCCCAUGACAAUCUCACAGCUCCCCAGCGAGCUCCUCCUUUAUAUCUUUGAUUUCCUCGAUGAGCCACCCGCAUCUGAACAGCGCCAAUACGAUGAUCCGGCACAUAUUCCCAGGCCCAUUGCUGCCGAUGAUAAGCCAAAUCAGCAUGGCACAAGCUCACACAACGACGCCGGCUGCUUCCGUGGCAACAUCAAGAGUGCAUCUCUUGUUUGCCACCUCUGGAGACGCUGCCUCUUGCCAUUGCUCUUCCGGGAUAUCGUCUGGAGAUUCCAACACAUCAUCCGUCCAUCCGAGCGGGAUGACCCGAUGAACACUGUCGAGGAGCUCGAGUUUCUACGCUUCCUUACCCGGGCUGGCCUUACACGUUACGUGGAUAACCUGACCAUCAUCAUCGACUAUCCCGAAUCCGAAAUUGGCGAGGACACUCAGCAUCACACCAAUUGGGGCAUCCUCCCUAGCCAUUGCCCUGCGCCGGACAACCGAGGAUUUAAUAACGGUCUGAUAGCCCCUGAAUCAACCAUCGACACAUCUUCAAAAUGCCAGUCAAACGAUUGGCUUUGGCAAACCAUCUUCGACAAAUUGGAUCCUUUGUCCAUCAACCUCAUCAGCUCCCCGGCCAUUCUUGCAUCGUUACUAGGGCGGCCAAUCAAUCUGUCAGGGUCUUGGAUCUUUCGACAACGGUUUCACAUCCUUUCCCUGUCGAGGCCCGCAGACCAACGCCAACAAAGAGCCACCAACAUUGACGACUCGACAAUAGUGCCACCACUAUCGAAUAGGGCACCUACGCCAGCAACCAGCCAUUGUUCUCUCUUCGGCAUUCGCCCAUGGAACUCUCUGCUCCUCAACGAAGGGUCCUCCGUCAAAGUCUACACCACAUACGAAUACUUUCAUCACACGCCCCCGUCUCUUCUGCCCGCCCUUCUGGACUCAGACGACGAAUCCAUGCAGCCCCUAUUAAGAAACACCCUCCGCUCAUUCUCCUACAUCGCCAUCUUUCCACUCGCCAGCCAUAUCAACAACAUCCUCAUUCCUCACGCCCCAGCCCUCGAGCGGUUCUACAUCCAGAUCGUGCCCCGGGCGCCUAGCUUCGCUGAAGAUGACUAUCGCCACCCCGCCAUGGACAUUUCGGAUCUGUGGAUGGAGCGCAACACGGCCUAUGCGCAGCUAGUCAUGGCUAUAUUUGACCCGCCUCCGCUGGGGCUGUGGAACAGCCUGCAGUACUUUGAGAGUGGCGACGCCGUCGACAGGGAAGCGUGGGAGCAGGCUGUCCGAUAUGUGAUUUUUGCGGCGGGUGCGGCGUGGAAAGUCGCUGGAGAGGGAAAGUUUGUUCGCAGGGACAAUGCUGCGCUUACUUCCUAA